AUGGGCAGCGCGGCCGCCCCGCUGCGCGUGCUGGUGGACAUGGACGGCGUGCUGGCCGACUUCGAGGGCGCGCUGCUGCGGGCCUUCGCGUGCCGCUUCCCCGGCGAGCCGCGCGUGGAGCUGGCGCAGCGCAGGGGCUUCUCGGUGCGCGAGCAGUACCACGGCCUGCGCCGCGACCUGGCGGAGAAGGUAGCCAGUAUUUAUGAGUCACCUGGCUUCUUCCUAGGCUUGGAUACAAUUCCAGGAGCCAUCGAAGCGAUGCGGGAGAUGAUGCUUAUGCCGGACACCCAAGUCUUUAUUUGCACAAGUCCUCUCCGCAAAUAUGAGCACUGCGUCCUGGAAAAGUAUAAAUGGGUAGAAAAACAUUUGGGUCCUGAGUUUGUGGAGCGGAUAAUUCUAACGCGGGAUAAGACAGUUGUGUCUGCUGACUUGCUCUUUGAUGACAAGGAUUCCAUCCGAGGUGCAGAGCCGAACCCCAGCUGGGAGCACAUCCUCUUUACCUGCUGCCAUAACAAACACAUUGAGCUGGAGCCACCCCGCCGGCGGCUGCUGUCCUGGGCCGAUGACUGGAGGGCAAUUGUGGAAAGCAAACGCAGGAAGUAAUGCAAAAACACGGAAAAUCCAUACCUGGGAAGCAGGAAGCGCUCUGACCUGGGCAGAGGGGUUCCUGGGGUCCAGAGAAAUGACCCGCAGUUGUUGCAAGACGUGCUGUGUGGCUGACUCCUCUCCAGGUUUCUGGAAAGUUGCUCUGUAUUAAAUGAGUAAUCCCAGUAGAAUUGUUACUGGUGUUCGAUUGGUGUAGCUGAAGAGACUGAAUAAAAGACAACUGUUGGAUAUCU